AUUGGUGAAAUUGUUUGCCAAUCAAUUAGAAUAACCAAUUGUGAGCUUGUUCUGCGUAAUCCCUUUUUCAAUUGGAUCAAAACGCAUCCCAUGGGGCCGCCCAUGUUAGCCACUUCUGCUGUACGAGUCCGUCGUGUUGACAAGGUGCAAAAAUUGAGAAAGUUGCUCUGGAAACGCAAAUCCGAUCACUGGUUGGUGAUGACGAUAAUGAUGAUGAUGUUUAUGUUGGCGUGUGUGCCAUUGUGCCCUUAAAACGCGUUGGCAGGAAUGGAUAAAGAGUAUGCAAGGAUGGAAAUGGACCUGGCUUCUGGAUCAGUAAAGCUCUAUGGGUCCUCAAGAAGUAUUGUUAGGAGAAUAGGUACAAGUCUUCCCAUUAAACCCUGCCCCAGGGUUCAUUUUCAGCUUUAUCCAUAUUAUGAGGAAGCUGGUGUCCUGGUUGGCACCAGGAGGCAGAACAGCCUGGUGGCCACUCUGGCUGAUGUCGCCUGGAUUGAAAGGGAUGAGGAUGAUGAAGACAACUACUUUGGCAAGCCGAGGUUGGGGAUCCCACCAGGACUCAUGUUUCGAGCCCACCGGCCUCAUCCUCAAAGAAGCCACCUAACCUGCCAGAACUCUCUACCCAGCCUGCAUCAGGGAGCUUCAGCUCCACAGGGGUCAGUUAUUGCCAAUGAUGAAGCCUUUCAGAAGAUCAGUGCGCUGGAGACUGAGCUUGCAAAACUCAGAGCUCAGAUAGCACAAAUCGUUCUGGCUCAAGAAAAGAGUGCACAGCAAGGGGCACCUCCACCCUGUGGCAACCUGCCACCUCCCCCACCACCACCACCACCACCUCCCCCUCCUCCACCCCCACCCCCACCCCCAAGUCUGCAGCAGACAUUUUCAGCCAUCGAACUGAUAAAAGAGCGUAGAGGGAAGAAGCCAGGCGGGCAGACAGUUUUGGAGGCAAGGCCAGCAGAAAUCCCCAACAUGCUUGAUGUCCUGAAGGACAUCAACAAAGUCAAACUGCGCUCAGUGAAAAGUCGUCUGGUGGAAGAUGACGCCAAAGUGAAGUCCAAGGAGCCGGCAGAUGCUGCAGCUCUCAUCGCCGAAGCCCUGAAGCGCAAGUUUGCUCACCGUCAUCGAAGCGACAGUGAACAGGAUGACAGGGAAGACUUCAAACUUCCUGUCUCAGAAGUGAAACCUGGGAAUGAAACCCCUCUGUUUGGGCAGCACAUGUUGAAAGCAACUGGAAAAAGAAAGUUCCUGUGAACAGACAGAUCUAAGCGUAAAGUCCAGAUGUUCUGCAGACACUUUGAAAUGCCUCUUAAUAUCAUCUGUUUCUAUGGAACGAAAAGGGAUUUUUGCCCAAGUACGACCUCGUGUGCUCUCAUAGUGUUUCACCAGGUGAUCGUCCUGACUGAUUUUGCACUUUUCUAACUUAUAUUAACUUCCUGCUUUUAAAAAUGUUUUGCUUUAUUUUUGAAGGUCUUAAUUUUUGUGUUUAAGAGUCAGUCUUGAGUGAAGGUCAGCAACGCGACAUAAUAUUUUAUCUUCUGAGCCUGUGGACGUUGUUUCUUAGUUGCCAGUCUUUCUGUGGCUUGUCUUUAACUGGUUCAAAAUUAUGCACGUCUUUCUGUAUGAGUAUAAGAACCAAAGAUGCUCCACUGAAGCCUUUCAAGAUUUCACCUUUCACUGCCAAAUUUGACUUUUUCAUGUCCCUUUUUCCUUUUUUUUUUUUUAUUUUUGAAACGAUGCUUUAAUAUUGAGAAACUACAACUGCUGCUAGAUACUUAACAGUGGAGGUACAUGCGCAGCACUUUGUUUCUAGCUCUGUUGAGAAACACUCUUCUAGACUGAAGGUUCAGCAACAACACUAAAUAACACUGUCGCAAUACUGGAAAGCUCUGUACUGAUGCCGUGUUUUAACAAACAUUCCCAAAGUCGUCGGUAUUGCCUAAAUCCUGCUUUCUUGCAGGUAUUGAUCACAUUUCCAUGUCCGGAUUGGAUUCAGAGGCAUUCAAAGUUUUUAGGAAGUAUUUUUGUUUAAUUAAGGAAUGCACAUUAACAUUUCUGUGUUACUAUUACUAUGUGUGCCACUGUAAUUGCUGCUGCACAUCAGCUGGAUUAUCUUUUUAUGGGACUGGAUAUGUCAGUAGUAAUUGUAGUUUUUGUUUAAGUUGUCCUACAUAAAAGUUAAUUUAUCAAACCAAUAAAUAAAAGUUUAU